CCUAAGCUCAAAUAUAAAAUACAUAUAUGAAAUCCAAGCUCAAGAAGAAACCCUAAAAUUAAUAGUGAGAACCAGUAUGCUGAUGUUACCGUCUCCUUCAUCGCCAUCUCUACUGCACAGUUGUGCCUAACAAAUUUUUAAUUGUCAUACCCAAAUAAGCAAGCUUGCUGAUGACUAGAAAAGGUAAAGAAGCCACUACAAGGAAGCCUGAAUCUCAUUGUAUAAGGAGCAAUAUAAAUUAGUUAUCGGAACAGAACUCUCCAAAUCGCCUCUUUGAUACAAGCUAAAGAUUCCAUUAAAGCCCAAACAAACAGAGAGACCAACUUGAACCCAAAUGAACUAGAGUGGAAAGCUAUAAGGGCACAUGCAACUAGAACAACUUGAUCUAAGGGGAAGAGAUAGUCAAAACGGCCAAAAAAAGACAAGCCAAAGAAAUCAUUGCUGUGUGAGUGGUAAACAAAGCCACUUUUAUAUAUGUGAUUUGAAGAUCACUCUAUGGUAUGUGUGUCGAUAUAGAUUCUAAGAAUAGACGAUUAUCUCGCCUUAAAAUUUAUCUCAUCUGAGUCUAGAAGAAAAAUAACUAAUAAAAAAAAAAAUUGAGUAUGGAAGAUGAAACCUCCUGAAAUUGCAAUUCUGAUAAAAAAAAUGAGGACGAAUUACUCAAAUGAUUAAGAAAAAAACAAAGAAAAGAGUUUUCUCUUUUUAUGGUUUUAUUUAUUUCCAUAUAGAUGUAUGGGUUAAAACUAUAUGAAAUAUAGUUCAAUUGGACAAUAAAAGCUCACUAUUACAUAUUUUUAUAAUUUAAUUCAAAUACUUUAAUUUUUUAUUUAUUGUCUGAAUUUUUUAUUUUUGUAUAAUUUUAAUCAAUUUUUAAAACCAACAUUUAAUAUGUAUGUACGCCAUAUAUAAUAAGUAUUUCAUAGGGUCUAAAAAGUAAAUUUUAAAAUAUUAAAUUUCGGUUGCUAAUUUUAAAACUUUGCUAAAAUUACAAUCAAUUAAAACCUGUGUUCAGACUUGUUGAGGAAUUAUGAAUUCGGGGCAGAGCAACCCAAUUCCGGCGAUGACAAGUGGCCAGCCACUGGAGAAACCGGUGGUGGUGAUAGGGCCACAGUUCCUGGCGCAGUAUCCGGUGGAUCUCAUUAUCGCCAGCAAGCUCUUGGCUCUUGGAGAAAAUAAUUUUUCAGUCACUGACCUCAACGGCACUCUUAUUUUCAAGGUGAAGAGCAAGCUUUUAAGCAUUCACGACCGUCAUUUUCUGCAAGACGCCGCCGGCAACACCCUUGUCACUCUCCGGCACAAGAUUGCGACUGCCCAUAAGAGGUGGGAGAUUUUCAGAGGAGAGAGCAAAGACGCUAAAGAUCUGCUUUUCAGUGCCAAGAAAUCAUCAAUAAUCCAAUUUAAGACCGAGUUAGAUGUAUUCUUAUGCAGUAAUACAUCAGAAAAUGUUCCUGAUUUCAAGAUCAAAGGAACCUGGAAGGAGAGAUCCUGUAGAAUAUAUCUCGGAGAAUCCAAUACUGUCAUUGCACAAGUGCAUAGGAGACUCACUGUGAAGAUGGCUUUGUUGGAUGCAGACAACUUUGCUGUGACUGUGUACCCUAAUGUGGAUUAUGCCUUCGUGGUGGCUCUUGUGGUUGUGCUUGAUGAGAUCAACGAUGACAAUAGUGAUGAUGAUUAAAUAUUAAUAUUAUUUAUGUAUGUUAUUAUGGAAUUCCCCAACUUGCUAUGGAAAUAAAUUGGGUUAAAUAAGUGGUUUU